AGAGCCGGUUCCGAGUUGAAGCCGCGAGACCCGGGUAACCCGGUCCAUGCCUCGCCCGCCUACCUUCGCAACACGAGAGAAGGGGUGGUGGUGCUGGUGGUGUGGUAGUGGUAGGGGGGUGGUUGUUGUGUGUGGAGAGAGAGAGAGAGACGCCGCGAAACACCGUAACACCCAACACCGCCCUUGCCUUCCCUUACCCCCGGGUCUUCUUGUUCGCCCGUAAAUAAAUCGCCAGUCGACCGGGUCCCUGUUGGAUGGUGGUCAAAUCGAGCAGAGCCUGCCAGCUGGACACUUGGCCACGUUGAAGCCUGCAUAGCAUCACUCGUGUGUGGAUGCGCUGCUCGUCGGAGGGCGGACAUGAGCUCGUUGAAGCCCAGCGGGCUAAAGGCCCCCAGCAAGAUUGCCAAACCGGCCAGUGCGAUCGCCAGACCCUGCAGAGAUGUUAAAGGUGGAGCGACGUCGGCCCCAUCGGCGCCAUCGUCCCCUCCCGAGUCGGAAUCCGGCAGCGUGGCCGCGGGCAGCGGCGGCGGCGAUGAGUCGGCCUUCGCGGUGGGCGAGCGCGUCUUCGUCAACGGCGCCAAGGCCGGCACACUGCGCUUCCUGGGCCCGACGCAAUUCGCCCCGGGCCGCUGGGCGGGCAUCGAGCUCGAGGAGCCCGUCGGCAAGAACGACGGCUCGGUGGCGGGCGUGCGCUACUUCCAGUGCCGCCCCCUACACGGCGUCUUCACACGGCCCUCCAAGCUGGCACCGACGGCUGGCGAAGGCGAGGCCGCCGAGACCGACGCGUCCCCUAACACCGCGGCGGCCACUACGGCGACGCGAGCAUCUUCCAGCGGCGCCACCCCUCCGUCCUCCUCCUCCGAGGCCGCCACCGUCUCGUCCCCGCAGGUCAUGACCCCGGCAAGCCCGGCGACCCCCAAAAGUAUUCCCACAACGACGACGGGGCCGCCGUCACUGCCGCCGCCGACAGCCAGACCGCCCUCGUCCACACCCGCGUCGAUGAGCAAGAUGACGAGCGGGUCGGUGUCGAACCUGUCGGAAGCCGGGUCGAUGAAGAAGGGCGAGCGGGAGCUGAAGAUUGGCGACCGCGUACUGGUGAGUGGCACGAAGGCGGGCGUGGUGAGGUUUCUUGGCGAGGCGGACUUUGCCAAGGGCGAGUGGUGCGGUGUGGAACUGGAUGAGCCCCUGGGCAAGAACGACGGCUCUGUGGCUGGCACCAGAUAUUUCCAAUGCCAGCCCAAGUACGGCCUCUUCGCCCCGACGCACAAGGUGACGCGAAUUGGCUUCCCGUCCACGACGCCGGCUAAGGCGAAGGCCGGUGGCGCCGUGCCGGGCACCCGGCGCACCGUCAGCUCGGGCAUCGCCGCGCUCAAGCGCAGCCCCAGCGCCUCCUCCAUCAGCACGCUCAGCUCCGUGGCCUCGUCCGUGAGCGCCAAGCCCAGCCGCACCGGCCUGCUAGCGGAGACGUCCGCCCGCUACUCGCGCAAGAUCGCGGGGAACACGGCGCUCCAGGAGGCGCUCAAGGAGAAGCAGCAGCACAUCGAGCAGCUGAUGGCCGAGCGGGACAUGGAGCGCGCCGAGGUGGCACGAGCCACCAGCCAGGUCGGGGAGGUGGAGCAGGAGCUGUCUCUCGUAAGACACGCGCACUCGCAGUUCGUGGUUGAAGCGGAGGAGAAGAUGGACAGCCUGCGGACUCUGGUGGAGGCAGCCGAUCGCGAGAAGGUGGAGCUGCUCAAUCAGUUGGAGGAGGAGAGACGAAGGGUGGAAGACCUGCAAUUUCGGGUGGAGGAGGAAUCCAUUACGAAGGGCGACCUGGAGACUCAAACCAAACUGGAGCAUGCGCGCAUUAAGGAGCUUGAGCAGAGCCUUCUGUUUGAGAAAACCAAAGCCGAGAAGCUGCAGAGAGAGUUAGAAGACUCGCGGGCCGCCACCGUCUCGGAGAAGUCUCGCAUCCUGGAGCUAGAGGCGGAGCUGGAGGCCGCGAGGCAGGGCCUGCCCGGCAAGGCCCUCCCGGCGGACGCGGGCCCUGAAGCGGGCGCCGCGCACGCGGCCGCUGCCGCGGCGCUGAUGGAGGCUCUGCAGGCUGAGAUCAAGGCCCUCAAGGAGCAGCUCGCCGCCGCCAACAAGGACAAGGCGGAGGAGUGGCGAGCGGCGAAGGCCCUCCAGGAGAGUCUCGAUGCGGCCCUGAGCGAGGCCGAAGCCCUCAAGAAGGCCCACGCCGAGGCCGAGUCUCUCCGCCGGGAGCUGGCCGCGACGACCAGUGAGGUGCAGCUGUGGAAGGAACGCCUCGAGGCGGUGGAGGCCGCGCACCGCCAGGCCCUGGAGGACGCCGCGAGCCGCUCGGCCGCCCCGGGAGCCGAAGCGGCGGCGGCGCUGGAGGCGCUGAAGGGCGAGCGUGUCAAACUGGAGCGGGAGAGCGCCGCGCACCUCAGGGAGAAGGAGGAGCUGAAGGCGAAGCUCGGAGAAGCGCUGAAGGGGCGCGAGAGCGAGGUGGAGCGCGUGAAGCAGCAGCUGGAAUUGGCCGGCACCCAGCACAUGCUGGAGCUCGAGGAGAUGCUGACGAAGCUCUCGCAGGCCGAGGACAAGCUCAAGGAGGCCGAGAAGACGGACACGGAGAAGCAGGCGUUGCAGAGCCGCGUGUCAGAGCUCGAGGCGAAGUGCCGCGAGUGUGAGAGGCUGGCGGAGGAGACGGAGGCUUCCCACAAGGAAAACGAGGCCCUGCGGGGGAAGCUGACCGCGGCCCUGAGCACGUGCAGCGCCGUGGAGGCCGAGAGACUGUCUGCUGGCGACAAGGCCGGAGAGCUCGCUGAGAAGUUGCAAGUGAUGGACAGAGAGCUGCAGGGCCUGCGCCAGAAGGUUUCAUCUCUCAGUGACGAUAGGGGCCAGCUGCAACAGAAACUGUCUGCGCGGAUGGAAGAAAUAAAGUCUGCGACCGAAAAAGGAAGCAGCCUGCAACAAACUAUUGAAGAACUGGAAGGAAAGGUGAGCUCGCGGGAGGAGCAGAACUCAGGGCUGAGCGUCGAGCUCCAGCAAGUGAAGACUGAGUUGUCCGCGCUGGAGCGUAAGGUGCACUCGGGGGAGGAGAAGGCCGAGCAGCUCGCGCGAGACAAGCAGAAGCUGGAGGAGGACAUCGCCCAGAUGAUCCAGUCUUCCGGAGACAGCUCGGCACAGCUCACAAAGAUGAACGAUGACAUCAGGAAGAGAGACAAGCAAGUGGAGGAGCUGCAGGCUAGCCUGGCGCAGGAGCGCGAGUUGGCGGCCAGUGUUUCCGAGAAGCUGCUCGAGUUGGAACGCGGGGCCCAGACGAGCGCGAAGAAGGCGGAGGAGACGCACUUGGCUGAGGUCAACGCUGCCAAAGCCUCCAUUGCCGGCCUGGAGGCGGAGGUCUCGCGAGCGGAAGCCCUCGGGAAGGAGGAGGCCGAGCGUCUGAAGAGAAAUACGCAGAAUGUGCAGGAAGCCCUAGAGGAGGUGCAGCGGAGCUUGACUGAGAUGACGGCUCGUGCAGAGCAGUCCGAGCGCGAGGUGCAGAUUCUGGGGACGCAGGUGGAGAGCGGGAAGUCGCUAACCGUCGAGCUAGCCUCUGCGGAGGCCGAACGCGCGCGCCUGUCGCACGAGCUAGACGCCUUGCUCUCGAGCCACGGCGCGGCAGUGGCCGAGCGAGACUCGCUCGCCUCCGAAAAGGAAUUGACGUCGAGCCGGCUCGCCGACCUGCAAGCACGCUGCGUCUCGCUGUGCGGGGAGCUAGACGCGGCGCGGGCAGGGCAGCGGGAGCUCUCGCUGGGCCGCGACGCCCUGCUCGAAGAGAAGGAGGCUCUGAUCGCCGAGGGCCGGAGGCUCGAGGCCGAGGCCGCGUCCCUGCGGCAGGACCGUGACGCGCUCGGGGAGCGAGUGGAGAAGGACCGGCAGAUCGGAGAAUCGGUCGCGGCGGAGGCGGCGAUUGUGACGGAGGAGCGGGACGGGCUGAGCGAGGCUCUGCGGGAGGAGAAGGAGAGGCGUGGCGCCCUUGAAAAUGAAGUGGAGAGCUUGAAGGCCGCACUGGCGGAAAUGAAGGGUCAAGUCGAAGCUGGAAGAUCUGAAGCCGGCAGUCUGGCAGAGGAGAAGAAGAAGCUGUCAGAAGAGCUCGGCGACUCUCGAUGCAAACAAACCGAGGCGGAUGCCCUAGCGCGGCAGUUGCAAAGCGUUGUUGAGCAGCAGGCAAUCGACCUGACAACGGCACGCACGAGCAACACGCAGCUCAAGGGUGAGGCUGAAACGCUGGCGGCUGCCGUCGAGGACUUGAAAAGCGGCAAAUUGCGUGCGGAAUCGGAACGGGAUGAGCUGCUAGCGUCAUCCGAACGGCUUCGGAGCGAGCUCAGCUGCACCAAAGAAGAUGUCGCCAAACUCGAGGCGGAGAAGGAACGUGGUGCGGGCCUUCUGCAGGACACCCGGGGUGGUCUGGAGGUCGCCGAGAACGAGAGAGACGCAUUGAAAGAGGCAGUGAAGGCAGGCAAAGCCGAAAACGAGUCGCUGAGACUGGAGAGCGAACGCGUGUCGGCAGAGAACGGGCGGCUCGCGCGCAUGCUGGAGGAGCUGCGGAGCGACAGCAAGGUGACGGACUCGGAGCGCGCGGCCCUCCUGCAGGAGCGCGAGAGCCUCGUCUCUCGCCAGGAGGAGCUGCUGGCCACUCAGCGGCGCCAGGACACGGAGAACGCCACGCUGCAGCAAGACGGGGAGGAGAUGCGCAAGCAGGCGGCGUCUCUGCGCGCCGAGCUAGAAGCGAUGGCUGGGAGACAGCGGGAAGCGGCGCUGGAGAGAGAGGAGAUGGCCGCCAAACAGAAGGAGGUCGAGUCGGAGUGUAACGCGUUGAAGAAACAACGGGACUUGCUGGCGGAAGAAAAGGCGUCUCUCGAAGCGAACGUGUCUUGCCUGAGUAGGGAUUUGGAAGACGCGGUCGCUAAGCAUCAAAGCGAUUCGGCCAGGGAGCAGGAGCUGAUCUCUAAGCAGGAGGAAAUGAUGCUGGCGCAGUCCGAGCUGGCGACUCGGCGUGAUGAUCUGUCGAAGGAGAACGAGGAGCUUCAAGAUCUGGUGUCGGCUCUGCGCAAAGACCUGGACGACGCAGCCUCGAAGCAACGGGAAAUGGCGACGAGGCAGCAGGAGUCCGACGCCAAAUGCGAGAAGCUCGACACGGAGCAGCAGCGGCUCACGAAUGAGUACAACGCUCUGCUGAGCUGCAACGCUCGGUUGCGGGACGAGACGUCGGGCUUAAGGAAAGACCUAGAGGAGGCCGGCAUCUUGCAACGGGAGGCGGCUGCAAGAGAAGGGGAGCAUAUCGCAAAGUACGAAGCGCUCGCUGCGAAACUGGAGGAGGUGGGAGCGGAGUGUGAAUCUGCGAGCAAGGAAAACUCGGAGCUAAAAGAGGAAGUUGUCGCGCUGGUGAGGGCUGCCGAGGAGGCGGACCUAACCCGACGGGAGAUCGUCGCCGCGCAGCAGGAGGGGGCCGGCAAGCAACUCGAGCUGAUCUCCAAGCAGCAGGAGCUGGAGGCUGAGCGUGAACGGCAGGCGGAGGAGAUGGCGCGGCUGCGCGAGGAAGCGUCGUCACUUGGCGAGCGGUUGGAAGAGGCCGCCACGGGCCGCGAGCGGGCGACCGCCGAACGGACGCGGCUGGAGGAGGAGCGCGGGCGACUCGAGGGCCGCUGCUCGGAGCUUGGCGAGCUGGCCGCGGCUCUCCGCAUCGAAAUCGCGGAGGCGGCCGCGAAGAGGGAGCAGGCGGAGUCGCUUUGGCGGGAGGUCGAGGCGAGGGAGGCGGCGCUGGCGGAGAAGCGGCGGAACGCGGAGGGGGAGCGCGACGCGUCGGCCGGGGAGUGCGCAGAGCUGCGCGCCCUCGUCGCUUCCCUGCGGAGCGAAACGGAGGGGGCGGUGGCGGAGAGGGAGCGACAGGAGGGCGACGCGCGCGAGCGGGAGCGGGCUGCCGUCGCGAAGGCGCUGGAUGAAGAGAGGGGAUGCUGGCUGAAGAAGGAGGAGGACACGGCAGCGCAGUUGAAAGAACUCGAGUUGAUGUGCUCUGCCAAAUCGGCGCAGGCAGAGGAGUCGCUUAAAGCCAAUGAAGAGCUCCUGCAGAAGCUGAGCAAGCUGCAGGGUGAGAGAGAGGCCCUGGCGGAGACAAAUGCCAGCAUCUCCACGACCUUGCAGAAGACCAACGAUGCCAACAACAGAUUGACCCAGGAGCUGGAGAGACUGAAGCAGCUGAGUCAGCAGGAGCGAGAGACGGGGAGAGAGCGCGACGAUGGCAGCAACCAGAGGAUUGUGGGGCUCACCGCUCAGCUCGAAGAAUUGAGGGCAAGCGUGUCCCAGAAGGAAGCGCAGCUGUCUGGACUGAAGCAAGAGAAAGAGAGGCUGGUGUCAGAGCUGGCACAGGUGAAGCAGGGCGAGCUGGUCGGCCAGAAGCAGCUUGACGAGGAGAAAUCGACUCUCAAUCAGCAGCUGCUCGACAUGAAAAGAAGGCUGAAAAAAGUCAACCCCAAGCUCCUCCCAUGCAAUGCUCCAAGAGAGUCGACCCUGGUGGCCGAGUUUGAGGAGGAGCGCUCGUCGCUGCGCAAAACCCUGGACCUGACAUCGAGCAAGAUCUCCGGGAGGGACCGCGAGCUGGACAAGUUGAAGACCGAGCUGUCAGCCCUGCGCGGUGCGGGCAACGCGGCGCUGGACCUGCAGAGCACGGUGCAGGCCCUGGAGACGGAGAAAGCCAGACUGGAGCAGAAGGUGCGGAGCCUGGAGUCGGCGCUCGGCGAGACCAAGAGGAAGCUCGACACUCAGCCCAUCGCCGCCUCCACAGACGCCGCAGCCACCAAGGCGGCUCGGCAAGACGCGGACGACGAGGAGGACGAUGACGACAUCAGCAGCCAGCAAAUGGUGGAUUUCCUCAACUCGGUGAUCGUGGAGCUGCAGAGGAAGAACGAGGACCUCCAGUCGCAGCUGGAGAGGUUGGCCCAGGCAGCCGUGAAUGGGAAUGGCGCCGCCGGUCAGGGGGACAGCGCUGAAGAGCCGGAGGAGGGCCGCCGCCAGGUGGCGCCGCGUCUCUUCUGCGACAUCUGCGACUGCUUCGACCUGCACGACACGGAGGACUGCCCCACGCAGGCCCAGCCCGAGGAAGAGCCGCCCCACUCGGCCCACCACGGCGAGCGGCACGCCAAGCGGCCCUACUGCGGCAUUUGCGAGUCGUUUGGCCACACCGCCGAGCAAUGCAACGACGACGAGACGUUCUAGAGACGGCCGAGUACGCCUUGCCCAGCUUGCCCCCAUUCCCCCGCCCUCUCGUACCGCUCUCACCGUGGCCACCGACCCCAUCCGCCUCCCACUUUUCAUGGCGUACCAACAAACGCGUGUCUUCUCUCCGAACGGACGACCUCAUCGCUUCGUUAAUUGCUUUUUCAGUCCAUCCGCUCGUUACCCUUUCCCGCCCUCUCCUGCCCUUCCCUUCCCUCCGGCCUCCUCCGUGUGCUCCCCUACCCCAAACUUCCCCCGCCCACCACCUCUUACUCGCUCCCCUCCACUCCUUCCCUGCUUCAUCCCCUCCUCCCUCCCCCCACAACCACAAUCGUCUCUCAGUUUCCAAACUCACCACCGUCGCUCUCAACCACCAACUCAAUUCUCACCUCUACUCACCACCACCACCACCACCUCCACUCUCACCACCACGAAUUCUCAAUACCCCCGCCCCUCCUCCCUCUCCUCCCUGGCUAGGGAGGUGUGGGGGGAGAUGAAAGGAGGGUGGGUUUUAUGCUCAUAGGUCACCGUGGCAACUUCAGGGCAACCGCCACCUACGAUUGCCACCGGCAAUGCAUUAAACUAUGAGCUCCGUCGUUAUGCCAGAGUGGCGUAGAUUGAGAAGAGUUCAGCUCAUCCGGACAGAGGUUGUCGAGCGCUGUGUGGCGUUCGAUGAGCAGUGACUGAUGCACAGAGCUCCGCAUUUUGGCAACUAGAUGACGGCAAAGCGAUAGUUGCUGGUGACAAUUUGCCGGUGACGGUUAUCCGAACACGUGUCAUGACCUUGCAGGGGUUAUUAAGGCGACGUUUCAGGCAACGGCCCUUCUUCAUAGCACGCAACAUAAUUUGUGUAACCAUUGUCGAAAAUUCGUCCGGUUUUAAAUAUUUCAAUGUCCUUUUUGAAGGCAACGUUAUUGACGAAUGCGUUGAUCUGUUCGUUGUUUGUUCAAUUGCCCCUUGUGCACCACUGCCAAAGCAGUAUCGCCAAAUAAUGUUUCGUUUUGUCGGGGUCACUGUAUAUAUGCAUUUGCGGCGUUCGUUGUCACGCGCGCCGGUCUAAGCACGCUCGGCGCCACCUUCCUCGCGUUGUGCGACACUGGGGGAGGUGGGACGGAGGUGGGACGCCUCCCCCUGUGCACACGCACGCGCGACGGGACACGGCACCAAAGGGGAGGAGGAGGGCGGGGAGUCUCGGGUGUCUUUGUGCGUCGGUGGUUCCCUCUGCAGCCGUUCGAUGCGCCUGCACGCGACCGUUUUGCGCGCGUUUUCCUGCUCGCACAAGCGCUCGGAUGACCACCUGCGGCACUUUUGUUUUCAUUUAAUUUUCUACGCGCAUUUUUGUUUUUGUUUUGGGUUUUUUUUACCUUCAGCAGGUGGGGGGGGGGUGGGGUCCUGAAUUUCAAUCAGCUGCUCCGUUCAUGAAGCCUUAAAUUCUGCACGAGAAAAAAAACCACAUUCUACGGCUUACGCCCCUGAAACCCGUAAUAAAAUUUUAGAAAUGUAUAUAUAUACUUGAGGAGUGGUUUAACAUCAAACUGUAGCUCCUGCACCAAUGAUUGUAGUCAUUUUUCCGUCGUAAAUCUGUCCGGCGCCGGAAAGAAACUGUUAAUCUCAUUCGAAGGAGCGGGGCCGUUCUCGUAAAUCAACCGCGGCUCAAUUUUCACGUGGAAUCCAUGGUGGGGGUGAGGCCGGGGGAGAAACGGGACCUCUGGAGCGCGAGUAUCGCUCGCCGCUGCUGCCGCUGCUGCUGCUGUUGUUAUUAGCUUGAAUUGAGAUGAUGAGCGAGCGAGCACAAUCACAGGUGCCCGCGCCGGAGCGCGAGGCCGUAAACUACCCGACGCACUUGGAGGGCGCGGGCGCGGGCGCUGCCCGCACCGCCCCUUGUCGCGAACCCGCACGCCAAAUUGUGUCGUCGACGCCUUCCUACGCCCGGCUCUGCAACAACAAUCUUUUUCUCCUUAUUUAUUCGCUGCCUUCCUCGGCCCGUCGAGUUUAUCGGAGCGGUCAUCGUCAGCGGCAUCUUUCCGCGUGAAGACACGAAGUGGGCGCGAGGUUUUUUUUGUCGUGUUUUUUUUUUUAAAACCAAACUUAGUCAUGGUCAAGGUGCAGCGCUGGAAUUGCUUUUGCUUGCGCCACUGCUGGCGGAGCGGUCUCCACUCGCGGGGAACUUGAGCGAAGGGUUAACCCCCUCCUUUCCUUUCUGGAGGGUAACUUUGGCCGACUCGCCCCCUCCCCUUGGCGCACCUCCGAUUAUCACGUGCCCGUCACGUACGGUGCGACAGAAGUUCAGCAUGCGGGACACCACUUUGGCCCAUUCUGCUGCGACCUUCCCUUGCGAUGAAGACGUAAAUGCUUGGGACGCAUACCAGAGGGUGUGCAGUGUAAUGUAACAACAUUUUCGACAGGGGACGGCUGCUGAAGUUGACGUCGUAAGAAACCACUUUUCCCCAGUUCCCUUCGGUCGCCUCGCAAUUCACGCCAGGGUGGCGAUGAUGCGCCCUCGGUGUGACCGACGCACGGCAGUCGAACAAAACAAAACAAAAAAAAAA